AUGCAAAACCAACAAUCUUCGAACGGUGCAUAUGGUGAUCGAUACUCCAAUUCGAGGUUUGGUCAAGAUACUACAGGCUUCUCACAUGGAGCGUUCGCCUCCAAUAACGCGUUAUACCAUGGCUUCAAUAGUGCCAGAAAGAACACUAUUUCUACUAUAGAUACAAACCCGAAGAUGAAUCAUGAUUUUAGUCCCACUGGUAACACUCCUGGAACCGCAUACGAGAUGAAUUAUACUCCUCUGCUGCCAUCGGGCCUCCUCCUGGGCAGUCCAUUCCAACCUGGCUCACCUGGUGUGUUCGGUUCACCUCAGUUUGCGAGCCUGAGCAGAUUUCCGCAGUCGACCAAUGCUCCUCAUCAGCAGACGCAAUCGUAUCAACAGAACCGACAAGCUCAUUUAGGAAGCCCUGUACAGAGCAAUGUUAGCGCCAUGUCCCCUACCCUUUUCCAGAACAUGGUCAACGCUGAAGCCUUCACGCCUCAGUCACCCAAUGCUUUCGCGAACAUGGGCAACCAGACGUUCAACCAAUACCAGCCGUUAAUGCCAAUGAACCAGAGCUGGAUGAUGUCCACUAGCAGGACUGUAUACCUAGGCAAUAUUCCUGCUGAUACCUCUGCUGAAGAGAUUCUCAACCAUGUCCGAAGUGGUCAGAUUGAAUCUGUCAGACUCCUUCCUGACAAGAACUGCGCCUUCAUAUCUUUCCUUGAUAGUAGUUCCGCCACCCACUUUCACUCGGAUGCAAUCCUGAAGAAGCUUAAUAUAAGAGGCCACGAUAUCAAGAUUGGUUGGGGAAAGCCUUCACAGGUUCCCACCUCUGUCGCUCUUGCUGCUCAGCAAUCAGGAGCUUCGCGAAAUGUCUACCUUGGCAACCUGCCAGAGGACAUUACGGAGGAGGAACUUCGUGCUGAUCUAAGCAAGUUCGGUCCUAUAGAUACAGUCAAGAUGGUUUCAGAGAAAGCCAUCGCUUUUGUUCAUUUCCUCUCGAUUGGUAAUGCCGUCAAAGCAGUUGCCCAGCUGCCACAAGACCCCAAGUGGCAACCUCCGCGCAGGGUGUUCUAUGGCAAAGAUCGAUGCGCCUACGUUUCCAAAACGCAGCAGCAAAACGCAGCGCAGUUCCUUGGCAUCGCGCCUGGAUAUGCUCAUGUCCUCAAUGGUGCCGAUCGCGACCUCAUCUCCAAUGCACUUGCACAGCAGUCGGUAGCGGCAGCUGCUGUCGCAACUACAGCCGGCGGUGUCAACAAUCUGGGCAAUCGGACUGUAUAUCUCGGAAACAUUCACCCCGAAACCACGAUCGAAGAAAUUUGCAACGUGGUCAGAGGAGGAUUACUACACCAUAUUCGAUACAUCCCAGACAAGCACAUCUGUUUCGUAACCUUCAUCGAUCCCACAUCAGCUGCUUCCUUUUACGCCCUGAGCAACUUGCAAGGUCUGAUGAUUCACAAUCGUAGGUUGAAAAUCGGAUGGGGCAAACAUUCUGGAGCUCUUCCUCCAGCUAUUGCAUUGGCAGUGAGUGGGGGUGCCUCUCGAAAUGUAUACAUUGGCAAUCUCGAUGAGGCAUGGACGGAAGACCGCUUACGGCAGGACUUUGCUGAGUAUGGAGAAAUUGAGUUGGUCAACACACUACGUGAGAAGAGCUGUGCAUUUGUUAACUUUACAAACAUUGCAAAUGCCAUCAAGGCGAUUGAGGCAAUCAGAAGUCGGGACGAGUACAAGAGGUUCAAGAUCAAUUUUGGCAAGGAUCGCUGUGGUAACCCUCCUCGACAGAAUCUCAACAACAAUGCCAAUGGACAACAGGCUCGCCUGGGCAGCCUCGACGGCACUUCUCCGGCGGGCCUCAACGGCGUUGAUGCAGGCAUAUCAAAUGCAGGCUCAAGUCCGACAAGGUCGAUGGCACCUGUAGGUUCUAGAGCAAAUGGUAUUCAUCGUCCUCAACAGCAAUCAGGCAUUGCCGGACCGACCCCAUCUGCCAUAUUGAACCAAGGAGGUAACAAUCCAUUGACCAUGUACUUGAACCAGGUAUCACAGCAGCAAUCACAGAUGGCACACGACGCUCGUGAAGACGAUCUAGCUUUCAGCACUCUGCGUCAGCAGCAGAAUCAGGCUCUCGCGAGUCAACACGCUGCGAUAUAUGGCGAGAUACCUAACGGCCACACUGGACUUGAUCAUGCGAGAUCUUCAUCUCAUGUCCCUAGACAGAGCAGUAUCAGCAGCGGUUUUGGUAUGAACAGCACUUCGAUCGAUAAUAUUGGUGCGUCGACUACUGUUGGUGGACUCCUAGCACCCACCAAUACUGGUCUCGGCGCCAGCAGAGGAGCACACUCCCGCGCUGUGUCACUUCCUGCGUUUUCUCAAGAAUUUGGAGGACAACAGUCCAGUCAGAAUCUCAGCAUCUCAAGACCCUUUGGAGGUCACGCACCACAAGGCAGUUUUGGUGGAUUUGGUUCGGCGUUCAACACCAACUAUGGGACGUCUACGUUCAGUGGUCUUGGCUUGAUUAACAAUGACGGGAGAGGGGGCCUUUCAGGAUGGCUCGAAGAAGAGAUAGGUGCCAAGUGA